GAUUCAUACAUGCUUUCAUACAGUCAAGUGGGAGUGGCAUGUCUGCUUUGGUACAAUCACAGAUUAUUUCACCUCUUAAGGGCAUCAGGAAAAUUCCACUUUUCCUUCUUCUCUCUUUUAGUUUUGGACUGCUGCUUCUCUUCAAAUACAAGCAAUGGAUGCCUUUCGUCUAGCAAACACAGCCACCGCAGUGGACAUUUUCAAGAAACUGUGUGAGAAGAACAAAACAGAUAAUAUCAUAUUCUCACCAAUAUGCAUUUCUUCUUCUUUGGCUCUGGCUUACAAAGGAUCUAAAGGAAACACUGCAUCUGAAAUAGAAAAGGUUCUUCAUUUUGAAAAAGUCAACAACUGUGAUUUUGGAUUUCAGACUCUAACUUCAGAUAUAUCUAAAAUUACUUCACCAUACUCAUUGAAACUUGUGAAACGUCUCUAUGUAGACAAUGGUAUGGAAUGCACAAAGGAUUUCAUAAAUUCAACUAAAAAGCCAUAUCCUUCAGAACUGGAAGAAGUUGAUAUUAAAAAUAAAGCGGAAGAAGUGAGGACCCAGAUAAAUACAUCAGUAAAAGAACUCACUGAUGGUAACAUUGAGACUGUAUUAAGUGAGGAUGUAUGUGAUGAAAGCACUAAAAUGCUAUUGCUUGGGGCAGCAUAUUUCAAAGGAAGCUGGUUAUAUAAAUUCAAUGAGACUGAAACAAAAGAAGUGGAUUUCCACAUUAAUAAGAAUGAAACAAAGCCAGUGCAGAUGAUGUAUUUAGAAUCGCGUUUGAGCAUUGGAUACAUAAAUGAUUUGAAAACUAUGGUUUUAGAGAUUCCUUACACAGGGAAGCACUUGAGUAUGCUCAUUUUAUUACCUAAAAAUAUUGAAGAUGAUUCAACUGGUCUCGAAAAGCUGGAACAGGACAUGACAUAUGAAAAGUUUGUCCACUGGACAAAUCCGAGCAUUAUGGCCAAUAGCAAAGUAAAAGUUUGUUUGCCCAAGUUCAAGUUGGAAUGCACAUAUGAUCUCAAAGAUACGUUGAAGAGUCUUGGAAUGAAUGAUGCAUUUAAUGAAGAAGCUGCUGACUUCUCCGGAAUGUCAGAAUGUAAAGGCAUUCAUAUAUCUCAGGCAAUACAGAAGGCUUGUAUAGAAAUAAAUGAAGAUGGCACUGAGGCUGCAGAUGUAUCAAGAGAGAGGCUUCUGAUGCACAAAGAGGAGUUCCUUGUUGACCACCCAUUUAUUUUUACAAUAAGACAUAAUAAAACACGCAAUAUCAUCAUGUGUGGAAGGUACUGCGGCCCUCCAGAAUCUUGUUAGAUGUUACAAUUGGCAGUAAAUGUGUGUACUAUUUGUGGUGAAGCUUGUCUACAUCUUCCAUAAAGUGAUACAACUUAGUAUUAACUACCAGUUUUCUCUUAGCUGUUUUUUUUAUCAUUGAUCCUUGUUUAACCACGUUUUGCUCUUCUUAAUUAGCAGCUCUAACAAAUUGUGUUUCUGUUGGAAAAGUGGCAAUAAAAUGAGUGUAUAUUUCGAA